AUGGCCAUUUACAGGCCUAAGGCCCUUCAUCAAGACAAGAGAUCAACCCAGCUAGUCGACACCACGGCUCCCAAGUCUUUCGCCAUCACGGCGGUGUACCUUCUCCUCUCUCUCGCUUCCGCAACCCCCGUCACCCUCGAAGCAAGAGAUCUCCUGAACCCCAUUGGACCAACUGCCACGGCCAAGCAGGAGAAAUGGUGCCCGGCUCUUGACUAUGACACCUCCAGCUGCUACAACACCGUGGCCAUCUCCCCGACCGGCCAGCUCAAGUUCGUCUCUGCUUCCGAGCACGGCAAGUGGAACAUCCGCCUCCCUGGGCAGAACCUCAACAUCCGUUUUGAGGGAAGCAUUCAUGCCAAGAUUGUCUACCACAAAGAUGGUGCUGGUACCCAUGCCUUCCGCUAUGCGAACGGCGGUGAUGAGCCUCCUGAGAACCACUGGCAGAGCUGGCGUUGGCGCGUUGGUGCCGGUCUGCUGAAGUGGGACUCGAUCGCCGGCAACCUGCGCACUACGCUGUCUCAAAAGGAUUGGGGUAAGGCUGAGGUGGCUGUUAGGGACAAGGGCGGCAAGGCCUGGAACUUUGGCUGGUACUUGGACCGCUCCAGAUACUACUGCGUUACCGAGCUCGAGUGCCCCGGUAACUUGGCUACGGUGUUUGAUCCUUGGGCUUGA